AUGUCGUUCAACGGGAAAGCUCCAUACGCCCCCGACUACGCGUCUUACAACUGGGUUGGCGCUCCCGCAAACUACGACCUCUCAACUAACACCGACCUGGGCGGCGAUUCCCGAAUUGAAAAUGUCAACAAAUGGUUCCAAUCUGGUGACCAGGCCUACAUCAUCGUGGCCUCGGCCAUGGUUAUGGUCAUGAUUCCCGGUCUCGGCUUUUUGUACUCCGGUUUGGCUCGCAGAAAGUCCGCCCUCAGUAUGAUCUGGGCCUGUAUGGCUUCUUUCUCUGUCGUGACCUUUCAGUGGUACUUCUGGGGUUACUCGCUCGCCUUCUCGCCGACCGCUACCAAUGGAUAUAUCGGCAACCUACGCAACUUUGGGUUGAUGAAGACUCUGGCUGAUCCUAGUCCGGGCUCGCCCUUGGUGCCAAACUUGCUAUACGCCUUCUACCAGAUGCAGUUCUGUGGCGUGACUGCUGCAAUUGUCAUGGGAGCAGUUGCCGAACGCGGUCGCCUUCUUCCCGCCAUGGUCUUCACCUUCAUCUGGGCUACAAUCGUCUACUGCCCCUUGGCCUGCUGGGCCUGGAACGUCAACGGAUGGGCUUACAAGUACGGUGUCAUGGACUACGCCGGUGGUGGUCCCGUCGAAAUUGGAUCCGGUUUCACAGCUCUGGCCUAUUCGAUGGUUCUCGGUCGCCGACAGGAACGCAUGAUGCUCAACUUCCGCCCUCACAACGUCUCGCUCAUUCUUCUCGGUACCGUUUUCCUCUGGUUCGGCUGGCUCGGAUUCAACGGUGGUUCUUCCUUCGGUGCUAACCUGCGUGCUACCAUGGCUUCCUGGAACACCAACCUGACUGCCGCCUUUGCAGCCAUCACCUGGGUUCUGCUCGAUUGGCGUCUGGCUCGCAAGUGGUCGAUGGUCGGCUGGUGUUCCGGAACCAUCUCUGGAUUGGUCGCAGCCACUCCUGCCUCUGGAUUCAUCUCCCCGUGGGCUAGUGUGAUUCUCGGGGUUGUCACCGGCAUUGUUUGCAAUUACUCCACUAAGAUCAAGUUCUGGAUCCGCAUCGACGACUCUAUGGAUGUGUUGGCUGAGCACGGUAUCGCUGGUAUCGUCGGACUAAUUUUCAACGCCCUUUUCGGUGACGACGCCAUCGUCGGCCUGGACGGCGUCAACACCGGCACCGGUGUCGGCGGUUGGGUCAUCCACAACUACAAGCAGCUCUACAUCCAGAUUGCCUACAUCGUCGCAACCGCCUCCUAUGCCUUUGUCAUGUCCGCCAUCAUCGCCUAUGGCAUCAACGCCAUCCCCGGUCUCAACCUGCGCGCCAGCGAGGAAGCCGAACUCCUCGGUAUGGACGACGACCAGCUGGGCGAGUUCGCCUACGACUACGUCGAGGUCCGUCGCGACUACCUCGCCUGGACCCCUCAGAACCACGACCAGCUCGAAGACGGCCACCAGAUCCCCGCCGCCCAGCGCUACGGUAUUGGCGAGCACAGUGAGAUGAUGCUCGGUAGCCCCCCGCGCGAGAUGAUGCUCAAUGGACACUCGCCUAACGGUGAGAUCUCUCACAGCAGCCACGGCGGCAGUGAGGGUGACAUGGCCAUGCAUGAAGUCAAGAUUGCGCCCGCUCCUCGCCAAGUCGCUGAGCAGCAUCCUCCUGACACGAACCCAACUGGCGAAGUGCCGGUGUUGAGGCCUGUUGAUGAGAAGACUGAGAACUAA